UCUCACAGAGAUCAAUUCCCUUUGUAUUCUACUUGUUACUACCAGCAGACGGACGGAAGAGUUCAUCCAUCAGAAAAAGAAACCAAAAAGACGGUUGCCUGCCUCCACUUUUAAUAGUCGAAACGGUUUUGAAUAAUCCUCGAUAAGCGACUGGUUUCAAGUUUGGGGGAGAUUUUGCAACCGGCUUGUGCAAUCCGGAACGACGACGCAAGAACAAGGAGAGGAAAUCGAUCUGAAAGGACGACCGAGACAAGGGAAACAAUUGGAUAAUAAUUUGCAUUUACGUGCUCCUUCUAAUCAUUGAAAGGCUUUCGAGCUCCCCACCAGUUCACCUUCGAGCGGGCCUGCAUCCGCGUCCAUGUCCACUGUUGAACCAUCAUUAUUAAACCCUGCCUCUCCGCCUAGCAAGAAGCCUAGAUUGAGUGCCGCAGGAGGAAGUUGUUCAAAUUCAGCCUCGUCGGUGGUAGGAGACAAUAGCCCGGGGACCUUACCGUCUGCAGCACCUGUUGAAAUGAAUAACGUUGCCACUAACGGAUCGUCCGCUAAUAACAACGGAGCAGCAAUGGCGAACGGAGCAGGGAUCGACGAAAAUCUGUAUUCCAGACAACUCUAUGUCCUCGGAAAAGAAGCUAUGGCACGGAUGGCGGCGUCAAAUAUCUUAAUCUCUGGACUGGGCGGACUGGGAGUGGAAGUGGCUAAAAAUGUGAUUCUCUCUGGAGUCAAGUCUGUCACUUUGCAAGAUGCCACCACUACAACCUGGGAUGAUCUAAGUUCUCAGUUUUAUUUGAGAAAAGCCGACAUUGGGAAGAACCGGGCAGAACAAUGUCUCAAACAUUUAAGCGAACUGAAUCCUUAUGUAUCAGUUCUCACUUCGAAGGAACCACUAACUCCGGAACUCAUAGGAAAAGAAAAAUACAGCACGGUCGUCGUCACCGAGAGUAGCGGAGUUUCCAACUUGCUCGAAAUUGGAAACUGGUGUCACGACAAUGGGGUUUCUUUCAUCUUGGCUGAAACAAAGGGACUUUUCUCAAGAAUUUUUUGCGACUUUGGCCCAGACUUCAGCGUGCUUGAUGUCAACGGUGAGAAUCCUGUGACGACACUGAUUGCUGGCGUGACCAAGGAAGAACAAGGGGUGGUCACGUGUCUCGACGAAAGCCGACAUGGAUUGGAAGACGGAGAUUUUGUCAAGUUUUCCGAAGUUCAAGGCAUGACUGAACUUAAUGAUCAUGCUCCCAUCCAGAUCGAGGUGACAGGCCCGUACACUUUUAAACUAAAGUUUGAUACGAGAGGAAUGACGGACUAUAUUCGAGGGGGAGUCGUCACUCAAGUAAAAAUGGUGAAGAAAUUGUCCUUUAAACGGUUGGAGGAAUCCAUCGCCGCUCCAGAAUACAUAAUUGCAGACUGGGGAAAGCUAGACCACACCGAGACGAUCAACAUUGCCUUUCAAGCCUUGGAUGCAUUCGUCAAUCAAUACAGCCGCCGACCUCGUCCAUACAACGCUGAGGAUGCUGACAAUUUUGUGAAGAUAGCUACCGACUUGGCUAAUAGGAUGGAAGUCACGCUUAAUGUGAAAGUUGCCCGGAUUUUUAGCUUCAUUUGCUCCGGACAAGUCUGUCCUAUGAAUGGAUUCGUGGGUGGCGUCGUGGCUCAAGAAGUCAUGAAAUCUGUGAGCGGAAAAUUUCACCCUCUCUUCCAAUGGAUGUUCUUUGAUUCAAUUGAGUGCCUUCCGUUCGAGUUUGAUGGUGAAACCGGUGCGUUGACGAGUACAUUGGACGAGACAGAUUUCCAGGGGAGCGGGUCGCGGUACGAUGGACAGAUUGCAGUUUUUGGGAAAAAGUUUCAACAAUCUUUAGGAGAUGAAAAGUGGUUUGUGGUCGGAGCGGGUGCAAUCGGAUGCGAACUCUUAAAAAAUUUUGCAAUGAUGGGACUCGGUGGUGGUGACAAGGGAAAAAUUUUUGUGACUGACAUGGACUUGAUUGAGCGGUCCAACCUAAAUCGUCAAUUUCUCUUCCGCCCCAAAGACGUCGGUCAGGCCAAGUCAGUCUGCGCUGCACAAGCUGUGCUAGAAAUGAACCCCGGAAUUACCAUCGAACACCAUGUCAACAGAGUCGGUCCCGAAACGGAAGCAACGUACAAUGACGAUUUCUUUGAAAAUUUGAGUGGAGUGGCCAACGCAUUAGACAAUGUCGACGCCCGAAUUUAUAUGGACCGUAGAUGUGUCUACUAUCGGAAACCUCUCCUGGAAUCUGGAACGUUAGGAACUAAAGGAAAUACGCAAGUCGUCAAUCCCAACAUGACAGAGAGCUACAGUUCGAGCCAAGACCCGCCCGAAAAAAGUAUUCCAAUCUGUACUCUGAAAAAUUUUCCAAACGCAAUUGAACACACUUUGCAAUGGGCACGAGACUUGUUUGAGGGAAUCUUUAAACAAAGUGCGGAGAAUGCGGCUCAAUUUUUAAGUGAUCCCCGAUAUUUGGAGAGAACCCUAAAGCUGCCGGGUAGUCAACCGUUAGAGAUAUUGGAAUCAGUUAAAAAGUGCUUGAUGGAUGAUCGACCGAAAGAUUUCCAAGGGUGCGUGACCUGGGCAAGAUUGUUGUGGGAGGAUUCGUUCAACAACACAAUCCAACAGUUGCUAUUUAACUUUCCCCCGGACCAAACGACCAGCACGGGACAGCCGUUUUGGUCAGCCCCCAAGAGAUGCCCGAAGGCAAUGACUUUCAGCACUGAAGAUGACUUGUGUGUAGACUUUGUCUUCGCUGGGGCCAACUUGAGGGCAGAAAUGUACGGAAUUCCGCAAGUUAGGGAUAGGACACUUGUUGGUAACAUGGGUGCUGCUGUUCAUGUUCCAGUAUUCCAGCCAAGGACAGGUGUGCGGAUCGCUUUAACUGAAGCUGAAGCCCAGUCACAGUCUGGAACUCUUGAUUCGGAUCGUUUGGAGGAGUUGAAGACUACUUUGGAAAACCGUGUAGAUUUCCAGGGACUGAAGAUCACUCCAAUCGAAUUUGAGAAGGAUGACGACUCCAAUCUUCACAUGGACUUCAUCGUUGCUGCAUCCAACGCCAGAGCCACCAACUACUCGAUUGAGCUGGCUGAUCGUCUCAAAUCGAAACUGAUUGCUGGGAAAAUCAUCCCUGCAAUCGCCACAACAACCUCUGUCGUGUCGGGACUCGUCUGCUUGGAACUCAUCAAGCGUGUCGGGGGAGAAACCAACAUUGAAAAGUACAAGAACGGCUUUGUGAAUUUGGCUCUUCCAUUUUUCGGAUUUAGUGAGCCGGUCGCCGCCCCCAGGCUCACAUAUCACGACACGCAAUUCACUUUAUGGGAUCGAUUUGAAGUUCAGGGAGAGAUGACCCUGAAGGAAUUUUUGGACCAUUUCAAGGAUCGCUACAACCUUGAAAUCACCAUGUUGAGUCAAGGCGUCUGUAUGCUGUACUCUUUCUUUAUGCAGAAGGAAAAGAGGGAGGAGCGAUUAAAAUCUCCGCUGGUGCAGGUGGUAAGGGAGGUAUCCAGGAGACCCAUCGAACCGCACGUGAAGGCUCUUGUAUUCGAACUUUGUUGCAAUGAUAGGGACGGGGAAGAUGUCGAAGUACCAUACGUCCGCUAUGAAAUACCACCCUCUCAACUAAAUAAUGCCUAAUGAGGAAUGAUUUUAAAUAGUAAUCUAAUAAUAUUUAUGAUUUUUUGCAUUCUCAUCUUAUAACUAUUGAUAUACGAUGUUGUAAUAUUAAUGAUAAUAAUUGGGUGUGUGGUGAUGUGUGGCUUAUCAUUAAUUUGGCAUUUGUGAAAUGAUAGAUGAUCCAAAUUGUACACAAUUCUUGUCAAAAAUUGUAAACUGGUAAUAAAAAUUGAUUUGCAGCAAUGAACA